GAAGAAAACAUUUGGAGGGUGUAACUGAAAGUGAGUCUCAGAAGCUCCGUUUUGUGACGAGGGGAAAAUAAAACUUUCCCUGAGUAAAAACACAGGUUCGAUUUAACACACCGAUGUUGGAGUGAAGUAAACGUAUGUGCUGCUUUAAUCUGGAGAAGGAGACAUGACCUCCAACAUGAGUGUGUCUGGAAAACAGGACUUAAAGAAAGACGAGAGAAUGAUGGAGGGAAAAAGAUCAGCCUCACCAGAACCCAGCUGUGUGUCCAUGAAGAGUGACUGGUCAAAGGAUCAUCCAAUUGAGUUCAGAGAUGGAGACAAUUCUACUCAUCUGAGAAUGAUGGAGGGAAAAAGAUCAGCCUCACCAGAACCCAGCUGUGUGUCCAUGAAGAGUAAUGAGUCAAUGGGACAUCCAAUCGAGUUCAGAGACAGAGACAAUUCUACUCAUCUGAGAAUGAUGGAGGGAAAAAGAUCAGACUCACCAGAACCCAGCUGUGUGUCCAUGAAGAGUGAAGAGUCAAUGGGACAUCCAAUCGAGUUCAGAGAUGGAGACAGUUCUACUCAUCUGAGAAUGAUGGAGGGAAAAAGAUCAGACUCACCAGAGCCCAGCUGUGUGUCCAUGAAGAGUGAAGAGUCAAUGGGACAUCCAAUUGAGUUCAGAGAUGGAGACAGUUCUACUCAUCUGAGACCACAAAAGAAGAAAUCAACCUCAGACCUCAGCGGAAAUCAGUCGGAGUCCAUAUUCAAGGAGCUGCACGUGCUGAAGAACAUGAACCACACAGAUCUCGCUAACACACUGCAGAACAAGUCUCUGGGCUCUGAGUAUCAGCAAAAACUCAAAUCCAACCUGAGAGAGAAAUGCAAAAGAAUUAAAGAAGGAAUCUCACAUUAUGGAAGCUCAGCACUUCUGAAUGAGAUCUACACAGAGCUCUAUAUCACAGAGGGCUGGAGUGGAGAUGUCAAUAAUGAACAUGAGGUGAGACAGAUUGAGACAGCGUCCAGGAGACCAGCAACACAGGAGACACCCAUCAAAUGUAAUGACCUCUUUAAAGACAAGUCUAUAAGAAGUGUGGUGACUAAAGGAGUAGCUGGAAUUGGAAAAACAGUCUCUGUGCAGAAGUUCGUUCUGGACUGGGCUGAAGGAAAAGCAAAUCAGGACGUCACCUUCAUGUUUCCACUUCCCUUUAGAGAGCUGAACCUGAUGAAGCAGAAAACUCUCAGUCUGAUGAAACUUAUUCAUGACUUUUUCCCAGAAAUGAGAAAACUAGAAUUAUUAGACUGCAAGUCCUACAAAGUGAUGUUUAUCUUUGAUGGUCUGGAUGAGUGUCGACUUCCUCUAAAUUUCCAGAGCAAUGAGAGAUUGUAUGACGUGACAGAGUCAGCCUCAGUGGAUGUGCUGCUGACAAACCUCAUCAAGGGGAAUCUGCUUCCCUCUGCUCUCCUCUGGAUAACCUCUCGACCAGGAGCAGCCAAUCAGAUCCCUCCUGAGUGUGUAGACCAGGUAACAGAAGUACGAGGGUUCAAUGAUCCUCAGAAAGAGGAGUACUUCAGGAAGAGGAUCAGUGAUCAGAGCCUGGCCAAUAAAAUCAUCACACACAUGAAGUCUUCAAGAAGCCUCUACAUCAUGUGCCACAUCCCAGUCUUCUGCUGGAUCUCAGCCACUGUUCUAGAGAGAAUGUUGUGUGAAGCAGAGAGUGGAGAGAUCCCCAAGACUCUGACUCAAAUGUUCACACACUUCCUGAUCUUUCAGAUCAAACACAAGGACCAAAAGUACCAUCAGAAAUGUGACCCUGAUCCUCAGCAGACCAGAGAGAGUAUCCUGGCACUAGGAAAACUGGCUUUCCAACAGCUGGAGAAAGGAAACCUGAUCUUCUAUGAGGAAGACCUGAGAGAGUGUGGUAUUGAUGUCAGAGAAGCUUCAGUGUACUCAGGAGUGUGUACCCAAAUCUUCAGAAAUGAGUUUGGGCUUCACCUGGGGAAGGUGUUCAGCUUUGUACAUCUGAGUGUUCAGGAGUUUCUGGCUGCUUUAUAUGCAUUUCUCUCCUUCAUCAGCAGAAACAUAACAGAACAACCAACUACUGAUCUGUCUGAUCUUUUCAGCAAGUCACACAUGUCUGAUUUCCUCAGGAGUGCAGUGGACAAGGCCUUACAGAGUGAGAAUGGAGACCUGGACCUGUUCCUCCGCUUCCUUCUGGGUCUUUCACUGGAGUCCAAUCAGACUCUCUUAAGAGGCUUAAUGCCACAGACAGGAAGCAGCUCUCACAACAAACAGGAAACAGUGGAGUACAUCAAAGAGAAGAUCAGGGAGAAUCCAUCUCCAGAGAAAUCCAUCAAUCUGUUCCACUGUCUGAAUGAACUGAAUGAUCAUUCUCUAGUGCAGGAAAUACAAACUUACCUGAAAAGAGGAGGUUACCGUCGUCUCAGUGGAACCAGUCUGUCUCCUGCUCAAUGGUCAGCUCUGGUGUUUGUGUUAAUGAACUCAGAACAGGAGCUGGAUGUGUUUGAUUUGAGUAAAUAUGACCCAUCAGAGGAAUGCUUUCUGAGGUUGCUGCCACUGUUCAAAGGCACCAGAAGAGCUAAGCUGCGUGAUUGUAAUCUGACAGAGGAAAGCUGUAGAGUUCUGUCCUCACUUCUCAGCUCAGACUCCUCCAGUCUGAGAGAACUGGAUCUGAGUCACAAUAAACUGCAGGAUUCAGGAGUGAAGCUGCUCUCUGCUGGACUGGAGAAUCCACACUGUACACUGGAGAAACUGAGUCUGCGUGUGUGUGAUCUCAUGGAGGAAAGCUGUAGAGUUCUGUCCUCUGCUCUCGGCUCAAACUCCUCCAGUCUGAGAGAACUGGACCUGAGUCACAACAAACUGCGGGAUUCAGGAGUGAAGCUGCUCUCUGCUGGACUGAAGAAUCCAAACUGUAAACUGGAGAUACUGAGGCUGCGUGACUGUGAUCUGACAGAGGAAAGCUGUAGAGUUCUGUCCUCAGUUCUCAGCUCAAACUCUUCCAGUCUGAGAGAACUGGACCUGAGUUACAAUAAACUGCAGGAUUCAGGAGUGACGCUGCUCUCUGCUGGACUGGACAAUCCACACUGUACACUGGAGAUACUAGGGUUGUGGAACUGCAGUAUUACAGAUGAAGGUUGUGCUGCUCUGGCUUCAGCUCUGAGGUCAAACUCCUCAUCACACCUGAGAGAACUGAAUCUGAAGGGUAAUAAAACAGGAGAAUCAGGAGUGAAGCUGCUCUCUGAUCUAAAGGAGGAUCCAACCUGUAAACUGGAGACACUACUAAUUAAAAAAUGUUUCCUCACCCGGACUGAUGUAUGAUGGGAGUUUCACCUCAAACCUCUUUUUUUUCUUAACUUCUGGCUUUAAUAACAUUUCCAAAGUCAAAUUCUUCAGCGCCUACUUACAACACAGGGAUAUCACAUCAUCACAAUGAUUGAACAAAUACACAUCCAUGUGUUGUAGCUAUUUAUAGUUAUUUUUAAAAUAUUUUUUAUCAGUGUGUUGCUGUACAACAAGGUUUCCUCAUUUUUUUGUAACAUAACAGUGAAGAAUUUGUUUCUAUUUUUUUAAUUUGCAAAUUAUCUUUAAACCUCUGUUUAUUGUUUGGUAACCUGUUUUUGUAGUAAAUUGUUGUAAAUUGCUCGUUGUUGAUGUUUGUAUGAUGUUGUCAUAGUAAUAAAAUGACCUCAAGUCUCUUUGCUGCCUGGUUCCUUUGGGUCCAGACCAGCAGGUUUCUUGUGCCAGACUUGAAUUGUUUUUUGUUUUUUUUUCAGACAUUUUGCUGAAUAUUUUGUGGUGGAAAAGUGCAGAAUAGUUCCAGCACUGGUACCAUAUUGCAGUACAAAAACAUGCACAUUAUAUGAUUCUCCAUGAAAAUGUAUGUAUUGUGAUUGAUCAUUUUGUAUAUAAAUCAGAUCUC